AGCUAAAAUGUUACGCGAUUUCUUCUUGUAUGUUUCUCCUUUUUUCGUUGUUUAUUAUUUACCUGAUGAUUAUUCUGCUCAUUUUCUUUUGUAUUACGCAUGCAUUAAAACGCUUUACUUUUUUUAAAGAUAAGAAGUAGCUACAUGGCGUUGAUUAUCUGUUUCAUUUAUAUCAUAAAUCUCUUUCUCAGUUGUAUUCAGAACGUUCUGAAUCAGCAACCACCCAUUAUCAUUUUCAUUUGUUUUCUCAAGUAAACUCUCACGAUGCUUUGUAUUUCACAUCUUGUUUUCCUCAUGAAUCAUAUCUUGCUUAUGCUUUAACACUAUGUAAAAGAAAAACAUAUGUUUUGAAUCAAUUUGUUACGUAGUAUGAAAUAUCUCAGAAUACUCAAAAACCAAGUUCUUUUUCGCUUUCUGAUAUUUUCAUAAAAGAAACUUGUUCUGUUUCAUUUGUUGCUCAUAGUUUUAAUAUAUCUAUUCACCACUAUUUUAGAGAUUGUCUACAAACAUUGUCUGCAAGUGAGUUUGAUAGUAUUUUUUUUCUGAAUACUCUCAUAGUUUCGUUUGUUUUCAUUCUAUGUGUUAUUUCCGUCGAGGUCAUUCUAUUAGUCAUUUUGUUUCUGUUCAAUUUGCAUCAUGCAUUAGCGAUGACACAUGCUUCGCAUCUAUUCUAUUUUUGUUUCUCAUUGAACAAUCAAUAUUAUGCGUUUGUUAAACUUUAUCCAUGUCUUGCGCGAAGUUUCAUGUCCGAAUAGAAGAUACCUGUUGUACGUCUUGUGAAAAAAAAUCAUUGAUUCAAAUUUUAAGUUUUUCGGCGAGAAAAUCUUUUUUUAAAACAUUGCCCGUAUCUAUUAUUGUGAAAAAGGUUAUAAAAAUUCCUACUCUUGCAGAAAAUCUUUCUUCGUUUACUCCCAUCGAUUUUGAGUUUGAACAUGACUAAACAGCUUAUGUUUAAAUUUCUCUACUAUCAUCCCAUUGUAAGAGUUCAUGAUUUUUUUAUCAGCAUCAGUUAAUUUGUUUUAGAUUUUAAAAAUAUUCAAUGGAAGGAACAAAACGAAUCAGAAAACCAACUUUGUGCUACGAUCCAAGUGCCUAUGUGCUUGCUUCAUUUCUGAGAAAAAAGAAGCAUACUAUUAUUCCGAAACACCAAGUGACUAUUGACAUUAUCGAUGAAAAUAAUGAAAAUAUUAAGUCAUUCGGCUUUAUUCAACCAGUUCGUAUUAUUGCUGAAGUUACUCGGGCUAAAUGCCAAGAAAGAGCUACUCAAUAUAGUCGAACUACAGGAAGUGAGGAAAUUGAGAUACAACUGAUGAAUCAAAAUGAGGAUGAAGAGGUUGAUGAUAAUCAUGUGUACACAAAUGAAAACUUUGAUCGUAAAGAUGACAAUGAUUAUCUACUAUCAAUAACAGAUUUUAUUACAACUUACAAUGUCAAAGAAUCGACAUCAACUUUCAGCUCAUCUAGUGGAUACAAGCAUAAUCAGAAUGGUGAAAAAUGUAUUAGAUCGGGUGAUGAUGAUGAAAUUGAAGAAGAUGAAUUUAAUUAUAUAACACGACGUCCUUCAAAUAAAAAUAAUCGAUUUAACUCAUAUGAUUCAUCAUCUGUACCAUUGGCCAUUGAUGAAUAUUCAAUUAAAAAUCACAACACCCAAAAAAAUAAUGCUAUACAAGUAUCUCGAUCAAUACAAGCAAAUUCAAAUGUAAUUGUUGCUACUGAAGUUUCAAAUAUUCAAAAAGAAUUCUUAUCAGUUCGGUGCAACGUUGAAAAAAGGCUCAAAUAUCAUGAAAUCAAAAUAUUUGAUAAUGUAACACCACCAUCACAACAACCGUUUCGAAUGUCACAGUCAGAAUUAGCUGAAUUAAAACGUCAGUUAGAGAUUUUAUUAGAAAAAGGUUUUAUUCAUCCUAGCAAUACACUAUAUGCUGCUCCAGUUUUGUCUGCAAAGAAAAAGGAUGGUACAUUACAUAUGUGUAUCGAUUACUGUGCAUCAAAUAAAAUUACAAUCAAGAAUAAAUAUCCAAUUCCACAUAUAGAUGAAAUGUUAGAUUAG